AUGGAUGUUGAAGGUCCAUCAAUCAAACAGGAUUCUUUUAUAGCAACAACACCUGAUCAGCAAAUUCGUAUAACGAUGCAGCCAUUCUCAAAGACUGACCCUGUCAGCAGAAAAAAGAGGCAAACAGGAGCAAUGUAUCUUGUUACUUGUUAUGAUUGUCGGAUUUUCAGCCGUAUUCAAGGCUAUUUAUCGAGUAAAGAUUUGUUGGAACCUGUCAAAGUCAUGUUACUGGGUAGACUUCCACCUAUUACGGCCCAAACUGUCAAAAUUAGCAUACGUUUAGCUCAAACGCUGCUAUUCCCACUGACAAUGUGCUGGCACAAACGUAUCUGGAAUUUGACUUUGCGAGAGCAUUUGAUCGUCUAUACCAGCACUUAUUUCUCCGUCCUGGGAGGAGCGUAUUGCUCGUUGGGCAAACAAAAUACGAAUUAUGCUUAUAAAGCAGGUGCAUUGGCUAUACAACAAAUUAGGUUAGCCAGAAAGCUGAAGCAUCCGAUACUUGAAUAUAAAUGCUGGCUCUAUUUUGCGGAGGAUUUGAUUCAAUUAGGACAGAUCGAGAAAGCCGAGAAGAUCAUCCAAGAAAAACAAAGCGCGUUAAAAGUAGAUAAGCAGCUUGCUGACAUUACAAAUACGUUAAACGGCAUGCUGGCAUCUGUUAAAACAAAACUAGAGUCGCGGAAGAAAAAUUGCAAAAAGAGCAAGUACCUACGAGCAUGCAAAAUGAGCCUCUUUAAAAAAGAGAACGGCAAUUCAGGCGUUGAGGUCAAUUAA